GUACGUUAUUCAGUGAACGCACCAUGGCUUGUCAACUGCAGUUGCUAUAGAAACGGAGCGGAGCCCGGGAGAUAGCUCAUGUCUGCUAGCUGGAAAAACAAACGCUGCGUGUUUUGUUAAACAUGGAGGAUCGCUACGCCUUUCUUACUGAGUGGUAUGACCCGACUGCAGCUCUCCUGCGGCGCUACCAACUGUUCUUCUACCCCAAAGAUGGCUCAGUGGAAAUGUUUGAUGUCAAAAACCAGCGAAUAUUUUUGAGAAGGACCAAGUACGACGACCUCCACUCAGAGGACCUGUUCAUUGGGAAUCGAGUGAACGUGUUCUCACGACAGCUUAAUCUGAUCGACUAUGGAGAUCAGUACACAGCAAACAAACUUGGCAGCAAAAAAGAAAGAACUCUCGCUUUGAUAAAGCCAGAUGUAGUUACCAAGAUUGGAGAUGUCCUUGAACUGAUAUACUCCAACAACCUGAUUGUGACCAAAGCCAAAAUGACAAAGCUUACGUGGAGCCAAGCAGCAGACUUUUAUGUGGAACAUCAGUCAAAGCCUUUCUUCAGUAACCUGGUGCAGUUUGUAUCCUCGGGCCCUGUGGUUGCCAUGGAGCUGAUGGGUGAUGAGGCCAUGUCUAUCUGGAGGAGGCUCCUGGGACCUGCAGACUCCACUGUGGCGCGGAAGGAGGCACCGCAGAGUGCCCGUGCCCAGUUUGGAACAGAUGGCAUCAAAAAUGUUGGACAUGGCUCUGAUUCACUUGCUGCAGCAGCUAGAGAGCUAGAAUUCUUUUUCCCAUCCACAAUUGGCCACGGUCCCUCGAACACAGCCCUCUACACAGACUGCACAUGCUGCAUCAUUAAACCUCAUGCCAUAUCAGAAGGUCUGACGGGGAAGAUCCUGAACUCCAUAUCUGCAGCUGGAUUUGAAAUCUCAGCCCUUCAAAUGUUUAACGUGGACCGGGCGAACGCAGAAGAAUUCUUUGAGGUUUACAAAGGCGUGGUCACAGAGUACCCCAGUAUGGUGACCGAGCUGUGUUCUGGGCCCUGCAUGGUCCUGGAGAUCCACGGCACAGACGUACCACAAUCAUUCAGGGAAUUCUGCGGACCCGCCGAUCCACGAGGGAUUCACAGCCAGGAUGUUCUCAUUCAACAGGAAAUCUCACGGCAUCUUCGUCCAGCCACAUUGCGUGCUCUUUAUGGCAAAGACAAAGUGAAAAACGCAGUCCACUGUACAGACCUCCCGGAAGACGGCGUCCUGGAGGUGCAGUAUUUCUUCAAGAUUUUGGACGGAUGAAUGCAAAGAAGAAAACGUGUAACUACAUAUUCAAAGACUUCACAGUUGACUCAUUUUUCUGUUUAUUGUUUCAGCCUUAUGCAGAUUAAAUAAAGUGACAAGAGCAGACUCCUGACAAGUGUUUUGAUCUUCAACAUUGAAUUAAGUAUUUUCACACCAACUAAACAUCUUAUUACAUGGGAUACUGCAUUGCCUCUGAUAUUCUCUAACCUUUUGACCAGCGACUUUGGUAUUGGAUUCAUACAUUAAACUUUGAAAAAAAUGUACAACUGCAUAAAUAUAAAAUUCUUCCACCAUGAAAAUGGCUAAAACAUU